AUGCCGCCCCCGCCUCCGCCCCCGCCACGGCCGCCUUCCUGUGCCGGCGCUGCGCGGCCCGCCUCUGGCGGCGGAACGAAUCGCCGCGACGCGUCGCCCGCGGCCGCUGCUCUCCGCCGGGACGUGUCGAGAGUCACGCGCUGCCGCCGCCGCCGCUACCGCUGCCGCAGUCGGUCGCUGCACGCGUCACGGCGUCAGUCAUCGUGGUCUGCGUUGCGUGGUGGGUUCAGCUUAAGUGUGUGUAGGCUGGCCGACACGGCGCAGCGGCGGUUACCGCUGACAGCUUUCCCGCCGGUAAGCAUCCUGGGGCGGGGUCGUGGGAAACGGCGCCGACCCGGACUCGAACCGCACGCCCUCUGCCCGCGGCGCGGCCUUGCACGGGGGUCAAGGCCGCAGCUCCGCGACGGUCCGCCAGGCCGCCUGCGCGCAUGCGAUGCCUGCCGUGGCCCUGCACCGAAGCCAGCCGCCGGCGCACAGCCGCGGAGCUGCUCGCGGCAGCCGUGA